CUCCUCCCUCCCCGGGACCCCUCCGCUCGCCCGCCCUGCAUGAGCUGACAGGUGCACCGGGACCAUGGACAGCGACCGGGACAUGUACCGCCACUUCCAGGACUGGUGUCUCAGGACUUAUGGGGACUCCGGCAAGACCAAGACGGUGACCCGCAAGAAAUACGAGCGGAUCGUCCAGCUGCUCAACGGGUCCGAGUCCAGCUCCACCGACAACGCCAAAUUCAAAUUCUGGGUCAAGUCCAAAGGCUUCCAGCUGGGCCAAGCGGGGGACCUCCUCCCCGGGGACAAGCAGGUGCUCUACGUCCCGGUAAAGAGCUCGGAUGGAGUGGGUAUUGAAGAAAAGUUAUCCCUGAGGAGAGUGGCUGUUGUGGAAGAUUUCUUCGAUAUCAUCUAUUCCAUGCAUGUAGAAACAGGGCCUAAUGGAGAACAGAUUAGGAAGCAUGCUGGGCAGAAGAGGACCUACAAAGCUAUAUCAGAGACAUAUGCCUUCCUUCCCAGAGAAGCUGUGACAAGAUUCCUAAUGAGCUGCUCAGAGUGUCAGAAAAGAAUGCACUUAAAUCCAGACGGAGCUGAUCACAAAGAUAAUGGGAAGCCUCCAACACUGGUGACAAGUAUGAUUGACUACAACAUGCCAAUAACCAUGGCUUAUAUGAAGCACAUGAAACUUCAGCUCUUAAAUUCACAACAAGAUGAGGAUGAAAGCUCCAUAGAAAGUGAUGAAUUUGACAUGAGCGACUCCACCAGGAUGUCAGCUGUGAAUUCUGACCUCAGCUCCAACCUUGAAGAAAGGAUGCAAAGUCCCCAGAAUCUUCAUGGACAGCAAGAUGAUGAUUCCGCUCCAGAGAGUUUGAGUGGUAAUGAUACCCUAGGACACAGCUCAAAUCCACCAGGAGGAACACUCAGCAGGGAGGUGACGGAAGCCAGCAGCAAUGGAAAAGCUAGUUCUGAGCAAGAUGAACAGCCCUUGAAUUUGAGUGACUGUCCACUGUCAGCACCAAUAAAUUCUGAAUUGCAAAUAGAUGAUCAUACUAGUAAUGGAAAAACAAAGUACAAAAACUUCUUAAUGACCGAUAUCAAGAUGGAGCGGGAAACAAGAGAGAAUGGAAGCAAGUCUCCAGCACAUAGCUACUCCAGCUAUGACUCUGGUAAAAAUGAAAGUGUAGGUGGUUGCGGUGAAGAUCUGUCUUUAAAUCGGGGCGAUGACGAUGAAGAUGACCACGAUGACCAUGAGGAUGUAGAGAAGGCAACUGAAGUAGAUGGCGUGGAAGCAGAACGCUUGAAAGCUUUUAAUAUGUUUGUCAGGCUGUUUGUAGAUGAAAACUUGGACCGAAUGGUCCCUAUCUCUAAGCAGCCCAAAGAAAAGAUCCAGGCAAUCAUUGACUCAUGCAGGCGACAAUUUCCUGAGUACCAAGAGCGUGCCAGAAAACGUAUACGCACUUACCUCAAGUCCUGCAGGCGGAUGAAAAGAAGUGGUUUUGAGAUGUCUCGGCCUAUACCUUCACACCUCACCUCCGCUGUAGCAGAAAGUAUCUUGGCCUCUGCUUGUGAAAGUGAAAGCAGGAACGCCGCUAAGAGAAUGAGACUAGACAGGCAGCAGGAUGAACCAGCAGUACCCGACAAACCAUUGAAACAAGAGAAUGCACAGGUCACUUAUUCCACGUCCGCUGUAUCCAGCACGCAAGAAGUGUUAUACAUCAAUGGGAAUGGGACUUACAGUUACCAUAGUUACCGGGGGCUAGGGGGUGGCCUACUAAAUCUCUCGGAUACUUCGAACAGUGGGCCGACAGAUCUGAGCAUGAAGAGGCAGUUAGCAACUACCUCCACCUCAGCCAGUAACACAAGCUCCAGACCUCAGCUAAAUCCUACAGAAGUUACUGCCGUCAAGCAGCUAGUGGCUGGCUACCGGGAAUCGGCAGCGUUUUUGUUACGUUCAGCAGAUGAACUAGAGAACCUCAUCUUACAGCAGAACUAAGUCACGCAAACCUCUUCCCUGGCCUGGAUUAGUCCCAAAAUUCCACUAAUGACAUGUUGACAGAGUAUAUGCCAGAGUGGAGCCGCUUGGUUACCGUGUUGACGAGUAGAGGAGUUAAUUACCAUAAUGCCACACUGUUUUCAGUCCAUGAAGUGAUGUUCAGGUGCUGCCGGUGAACUCGAGACCUCUGACAUUCCAAAAGGUCUUUGAUGUGUCCAGCUUUUUUGUUCUCAGUGUGUCGGUUUAAAUAUUGCAUAUGUGGCUGUAGCUCAUUAAGUCAUGCAAAACAGUGGAGCAAAUGGAGGACACUAAAAUGUUCAAUUAUUUCCAAGUGCAAUAUUAGUGGAAUGUUCUACUGACUCUGGAUCCGAAGCUACACAAUGAGAUGGCAGGAUGUAAAAUGCCAACCUAGGCUCACACUAGAAAAUUUCAAUGAAGGAUUGCAUAUUUUUUAAAUGAUGUGAUUUUUAUAUGGUCAUUUUUCAUGCAGAUAUUUUAAUUUAUAUGACAGUGAUCUUUCCACAUUCCCUGUGAGAAAAUAUUUUCGAUUGCCCUUUCUUACAGCCCAGUAGUUACUGAUUGCUAAGAACGCACAGAAAGCGUUGUCGACGCUUUUGCAAACAUCCACUAAGGGUGAUGGGAUUGAGGAACGUUUACCUCAAUGCGGGUCCAAAAGCCAUUUUCCACAUAAGUUAUUUUGAUUUAAGUGAUUCUGGAAAAAGAAUGUCUUUGGCUUUAAGUGCCAAGUUAGAAAUGGGCACUGACACUAGUAAAUGGAAUUAGAUAAACAAAAAAAAGUGAUAACCGUGUUUUCUGACAAAACCCUUAAAGCCACACAUCUUUGGUACCUCAUAAACUUAUAUUCUGUAGAAUAGAUUCCUUUCCAGAAAAAUAAACGCGUACUGUACCUCCUAAUUGUCCUAAGAUCUGGACCAAAGAAGAGUCAAGGCUUGAGAAGAAAAAAGGAUGUGGUUGGUUGGGGUUUGGGGAGAUCAGGGAAGGGACCCUCCAACUUCUUGAUUUUGUAGCUGAGAAUCGUUGGCAGGUUAGAUAAAAGCAACGACAAAAGGAUUUUUGGAUUGCAUAGUAAAUGUCUUCUCUAGGUUAAGCUGCAGACGGGUUGGACUGGUUCUUCUGAGAUGGCAAUGUCUGAUAAAUUAACCUAGUAGGAGAGCCUGUGCUUAGAGGGUAUGUAUUUCAUACAGAUCGCAGGAGCCAGCACCAUCCUGAAUAAAUGAGGGUCCAGAGGAUUUAUUCAGCUUCAGAUGUGACAGAAAGCCACUAAAAGCUCUUUUUUGUGAGCACAAAAGCAACCAGAGCUUCAUAUAAGUGACAAUGUUACAAAUCGGAAUCAUUAUGUAUGUUUACAAAUAUAAUUUAAAAAAAUAUUUUAAGGUAGAUUGUAGUCUGGAGUAUUCUUUCUCAAUAUUGGUACAUACGCAUAGCAGGUUUCCCCUGGCACUGGUGUCUGGUUGGGUACUGUGGGGAUACAAAGUGUGCCAAUACAUUGCAAGCUCUCUGUAGGUGGCACAACCCAGGGAAUGUAUGGUUCUGCUCUGUCAUCACCACAAGAUGAUUGCUGCUCUUAUGUGUACAAGUCCUUCUCUCUGAGGUUGGAUAUUGAUGACUGAAUACUUAAGAGGUUGCAGUGACAAUCUGAUAAUUUGCACUCUGGUGUGUAUUUUUCAUUGUAUGCGAUGGAAGUAUAUUUAACGACACAUUGGGUGGGAGAGGUAUCCUCUCUUUUUCUCCCCAUGGAACCCUUGUGCUAGGGGGCUGUAGCUGCAGACUGUUGCACAGGAGUCUGGUUCUGCUGGAAGCUAGAGCUGGCAAUUCUUAAAAUGUUUGCAAAAAAUAUGACACUUUGGAGGAAUCUUUUUAUCACUUGAAAGGGAACUCUAGGCACUUAACCCACCCACACUACCCCUCCCUGGUAUUCUAUAUUUAAAGGAAAAACGUAUACAUACAUUUUUCCUUCAGUAUUUUAGCCGGUCCAGUAAGGUCACAACAGCUUCCUCUUCCUACUCAGUCAGGGGGGUGGGCACACUUCCUGGAUUGAGUGUUUCUCAGUCCUGAAUUACAGUGAGCUCAGCCUACACAAUGAUGUAUUCCCUGGGGAAAGGGGGUAUAAUUAACAGGCUGGGCUCACAGGACAUAGAACGGUUAUCAUUUUGCCCAAAGAGUACUGCUGGAGCUGAACCGAAGAGGAAGCCAGAGACAACACUGGGGGCGUGGAAAGGGUAAACAGAAUAGGGAUUUUGAUUUUUUUCAUUUCAUACAUCACUGCCCCCCCCCACACACACCUUGUCCAAUCAGAAGUCCCCUUGUAUUUAUUGAAAAAAAAUACAAGGCAGUCUAUGAAUGGUGGAGGUGCUGGGCAAGCAACCCCCAGAGUGGAAACCAUUCACACAGAUUGCAUAAGAUCCCAGCUCUCACUGCACAGUGCAGACUGCAACAAUAAUUUACAGAAUCCCCAUUGGCCCUCUGCAUAAUCAUACAUGUAUACUUACAUCAAGCCAAGCUGGUUCAAUGCAAGUAUAACAUAUGUAAUUCCUGGAAUUCAGCUUUAAUAUAGAGGUCCUUUGUUCAGUGUAUUUAGGUCAGGCUCCUAUUAAUAGUGAACCAUGGUUUAUCUCAAUCAGAGAUACACAUUGGGGAAUCUGAUAGUAAUCCAACUCUCAUGAUUUUUGUUUCCUGCACACUGAUUUCCCAUGGUUAUGUUUUGUGAUAGGCCUGUUUUAUACAGGCUCCAGCUUGUUUAAGAGAAGUGCGAAGAUCAAGCUUUGACAAAGCAUUUUCAGAGCUUUUAGUAAGCUUUGUUGAAGUACCAUUCAGCUCCAGUUUGCAAAUGUUGCUACUUUAAGCAAGCUGCUAGCAGGCUUCAGCAGGCUUUCAACAUGCUUCAAGAUGUGCUGAAGUCUGCUAGCAUCUUGUUUAAAGUGUCUAUCAGCACUCCCAUUGGGAUCUGUGUUCAACAUUUACAAACGUGAGCUGCGUGGUACUUUAAAAGCAUGAGCAAAGCUUGCUGAAAGCUCUGCAAAUGCUUUGUCAAAGCUUACAGUUCACUUUGCUGUUAUACAAACUGAGGCUUGUGUGAAACUGGCCUCAGAAUGUUGUACAACAGCGCCAAAAUGAUUUCUAAAAUGAUAUAUUGGUGUGUAUGUGUGCGAUCUAAAACCAUACACAUAAAGCCUUGAAUAUGUUGUUUCAUUUGUAUAAGAGCAGUGUAUACAGCAAGCUUCACACAGCUUUCUUGAAGCCCUUAAAGCACCCUUUAGUCCAUUUUGGGGGUGUUAAAGGCAAAGUUCACCUUUUCACAGAUAAUGUCAGGCUCCUGCACACACUGCAUAGAGCUCGCUGUACAGGCAGACAGUUGCUGACAAUCUGAGCUGUAGGCAGUGUGAAUGAACUACGACUACAAGUCCGUCUGCCAUGAUGGAAGAGGGGACUUGUAGUUUUUUCAUUCCUGUGACUUUUAAAUUGUCACAGCAGGUGCAGGGAGAGGACACCCCACCCAUUGUCACAGUGGGGAUUUAAGGGGGUGAGUGGGGCUGCUGCAUUAGUAACACGUUACAUGUUACACCAUAAAUCGUGGUGUAACCUACAACAUGUUACUGAAGGUGAAUGUAUCCUUUAAAGACAGUUCAUUAUAGAAAUGCUGUCACUUUAACCAAGCUGCUAACAAGUUUCCACAGGCUGCUAAGGUCUUGUUAAAGGGCUUGUUCAUACUAACUGCACAGUUUCUCGCUACACAUCUGCCACUUGUAUUACAGUAUGAACAGAACACAUCAAAAGCAAUUGUUUUCUGGGUGCCCAUCCAGAGACCAGUGAUUUUCUUGUACAGGAAACCACUGACCUCUGCCCAAUUGUAAACAAGCCCCAACAUGACAACACCCCCUAACUGAAGAUUACAUUAAAGGACUCUAGAAAUUAGUUUGAAGCUGGCUACAAGUUUUUAAAUGCUUUUGAAAUCACUGGAAGAACACACAUGUUUAAGGCCUAACACACCAGAAAACUAACAUGACCCAUGUAAGGUCCAAUUUGAUGUAGCCUAAAAGAUGGCUGUACGAAGUAAAAAAAAAAUUUGUUCAGCCAUGAGGUUGAAAAAAAAAAAAAAAAGGAUUCCUCCUUCCACACAAAUCAGGAGGAUGGAGGAUUCCCCCAACUCUGCUCCCGUUGUCAGAAUACACUGAUCAGUAGCUGGAUUCUCUGAUUGAAAAUGUUUUCCAACAUGUUCCUUCUACAGACCGAUUGGAAGGCCGCAUACUAAUUGGAAUUCGGCUGGUCUCUGCUGAACCAGGUGAAUUUCAAUCAGUGUAUAGCCUGCUUAAGACAUUAGUAGCUUCCCCCUUACUUAGAUGGCUAACAACAGUCAUAAAAGGGAUAAGUAUAGGUUACCUCCCACACCCAACGUGUGAAUCAUGACCUCCCACCAGACUGAAAUCUGUACAAAAUUUCCAACCUCUCUAAUUAUUUUACAAUGUGGUCUACAUGUUCUUAGUGUUUCUUUGUGCACUGAAUCAUAAUUUUCACUUAGCAGUAGAACGUACUUUUGUUCUUUGCACAGUAUAUCUGUUUAGUUGUUUAGCUUUUGUUAAAUAUCAUGUCCCUUGUGCAUUCCUGAAUUUGCCUUAUUUCAUGUAAAAAUGUAAUUCAAUUUUUGACAAUGAGUUUAAGGCAUCAGUGAUAUUUUGUACAUAAACAUACCUGUUUUAUAUAGACUGACUGUGAUUGUGACUAGGUAAUGUGCACUUUUUCUUGUACCUGUGGGCAUUGCUAUGCUUUUUUGAGUGUUUCUAGAUUUAUUGUUGCUUACUUAAAAAGAAACUUUUGUGAUACUGUUUGUGAAAUAUAAUGUGAAAAACUAUUGAAUUAUGAAUAUUUUUAAUAUAUUGUACAUUAUUACACAAAACGACUUUAAGUUGUGGAACCAGAUCCACAAAUUUCAGCGAAAAAAAAAAAAAGAAAACAGAUUUGGAUUUGAGGGCUGACAUUUCCUCUGUUUUGUUUGGAUAAAUAAAUCGAUUUAUGUGUAAAA